CAAAAAUUAUCAGUUAACGUUAAAUGCCUGUUAGCAUCAACAGGUGAGAACAGAUUUCUUGGGAGAGAAAAUAAACUGAAUGACUUGAUUGAAGGAAACUAUAAUCAUCAUUUGCGAGAAAAUAUCGGUUUUCAUUUUGCGAUUUCUCAAAGCUGUUUUAAGUCAAUUGCUUUUUAGAUUUGUACCUUGAUUUUGUGAUCAAAACGUUAAUGUGAGAUGGUUCAAUGCGGUACGAUGUCCGGCUUAGGUCCCAAAUCUUCACAGUACGGUGGCAUCCUACAUUCGACAACGAUCGAAACAUGUAAUUUACUACACUUUGUAGAUAUGGCUUCGAGUAAUAUCAAGCUUGCAUUGGAUCGACCAAUCAAAUCAAAGAGGAAAGUCAAUCAUCGCAAGUACCUCCAAAAACAAAUCAAACGAUGUGCACAGCUUGCUAAUAAUUUACAAACUCAUGGUGAGAAAAAAGAAGUAGAUAAAACCAAAACAGACUAUCAAACACCGAAAUUGUCAUCUAAAAAAACAUCUCACAGACGAGAUACGACGCAAGCUGGUCUACAGAACAAAUCUUUAUCCGAUUUAUUUGAUGUGCGUAAAAAAACUUGUGACGGACGUCCGAAAAAAUUGUCGAAUAUUUCAAAAGUUCCGCUGCGAGAGCGCAAACUUCCGUCAUCAUUUUUUACCGAGCCUGCACAAAUUGAUUGGCAGGAUUUUUCAAAAGAGCAGAUUGGCCAUCGGCAUCUGCCUGAUUUAGGUAUCAGUGAAGGAUUGGAUUGGCUAGCUAACCCCACAGACUUAAGUGAAAUUAUUGGAGACUGGCAAGAUGAGCUCCCUCAAACUGAUGGCAACUCAAUAGGCGAUUCCUGCAGCAGCAUAAGCGCUGCUUCACCCGCCGCCUCAGAACAAUUCUUUGAUGACAUGUGUUGGCCUAACGUGUACCAGGAUUCGACGCCAAAUCAAACUAUGCAACCUCAUUUCGAAGAGUUUGGACAUUUUAGGGGAGAACAAUAUGCCCCGGUAGAGUCCCCAACUGUUCCAAUUAUAAACCAACCCCCUCAGACUUCGUAUCUGCAAUGUGCAGAGGGAAUUAUUCCACAUAUCGUUGACACUAUAGACGAUAUCUGCAAUUCAUAUAAUAAUCCAUCCCCUCAGCAAGACGCGUAUGUUGCCAUGAGCAACGGAGCAUUGCCAACAUUUCCUCAAGCAUUCGCACACAAAUUCCCAUCGGAAUGGUGCCAUGAAAGUACGCAGAAUUGUUACGCGGUACUUUAGCUAUCCAUAGAUGAUAACUUUAGACUUUCCUAUUUUCAUUUUGGACAAGCCUACCUGUUUAAGAGUUGUUUUCAUUUUUACGUGUAAUCCACAGGAUUAUCUUCCGAUAGAAGCAUUUUACUCGGGAAAAUAAUUUUCUAUUAUAAUUUGACCUUAGUUUAAGCUGGUAGAUACUAACAAAAGUGUUAGAUUAACAAUGAAAUAUUCAUAAACAGAAUAGUGGUUAGCAAAGAGAACAAGGCUUACAUUCCAUCGAGCUAUCGUAGUAUAUAGACAAUUUUGCAGAGCAUUUCCGCUCGAGUCGGAGACGAGUAGCACUCAAAAACACGAGUAGGUGUUUGUGACGAGAUAUACCGAAACUACUUUAAACAUGGCAAUUACUAUGUCCACUGUAAAUAAAAAUACUUUUUUUAAGUGAAUAAUUUUAUUUUGUUAAAAAUAAUAGGAUGUUUAUAGCUGCGGGCAGCAAUAUUCGUUACCCUGGUUACGCCUUUUACGAUAUCAACAGCAUUUAUUGAAAUACUUGUUUUAGUUACAUGAUGGUGUAUGUGACGAAUUAUAUGAUAUAAAGAAAUAAAGGACAACGUUGAUAAUAGGUGAUUAGUAUUAGAUUAUGACAAUGUGUUUUCUAUGCAAUUACCUUGAAACACGUCUGUAUAUUAAAUAACUACAUAAUUAUAAUAUGUUAUAAUAAUGGGCUUCUACCAUACACAGCAAUAUGUAUAUCGGUUCAAGUAAAAAUAUUUGUAAACAGUGAUUAUUCUUCUCGAAAGAGUCUGCAAUAAUUAUAAAAAUGUGGAAGUUAUGAUAAAGCUUUUGUUUUUGGCACAUAAAAUAACGUAAAACCAUUAAUAUUUCUAAAUAAAUCCUAUACUAUUAAUUACGCCAGAAUCGUGUGCGUAGGUUUUUCAGGCUUAUAGAAAUAUGGAAUGUACUCAAGGAUGCACAUUUGUGAUCAUCAAAUUUAUUAAUGGUGGGAUUCUAUACUUUCUAUGACUACAAAACGCAGUGAACGAAACAAUAUUAAUUAGGAUUUAGUUUCGUCAAUUCUAAAUAUAGGACUAUAUCGUCUUUGUAAUCAUCAAAUUUAAUAAUGAUGGGAGCGAUGUAAAUAGGCUAUUGUAUUUAUAUUACUUGCAUUAUUAUAGGCCUAUAUAUAAUUUCAGAAAAAAUAUAUAUGCCCUAGUUACGGUAUUCAAUUA